UAUACAUAUGUAAUAUCGUGUAUUAUAUAGUUAUUUUAAAAAGAAAGACUCUUCUUCGUAUAUAUGAGAAGAACAAAAACACGAAGAAAUUUUGAUUAUUAUUGCAAUAUCGAAUGUCAACGAAAAUGCCAGUUUAUCAAGAAGCUGAACAAAUCCAAGCACAAACCAUUAUUGUUAUUCAUCCAGGUUCUAUGUAUCUUCGCAUGGGUCGUGCUUCUGACUUAAAACCUAUUACAUUACUACAUGCUGUGGCGAGAAGACGUUUAGCAAAUGGAACAAAAUAUAAGGAUACUCUCUUGCCUCCAACUGUAACACUAACAAAAGAGUUAACACAAGCAAUGGAAGAAUCUCGGCUGCAAGUAUCACAUACUUUACAAUCCUGUUUGCAAUCUGAUGGAAGCCGAAGAUAUGCGACUCCACCUCAACAGAUAGCAGCUUUUAAUCGCAGAUCUAGUCCGGAAAUUUCUUCUCCUAGCAACAUGAAAUGGACAACGACUGAUCGUGAUAUAAUCGUUGGUGAUGAUAUCUUGUCGUUAGAUCCUGAAGAAGAAACCAAUUUUAAUAUUCAUUUUCCAUAUAAAAGAGGAGAGCUUAAUAUACAUUCGGGACCAGGUGGCAGCAUAACGGCUGUUAUGGCAGAUUUAAAAACCAUCUGGGAAUAUGUAUUGACUGAGAAGCUGGAUAUUCCUCUUAGAGAUCUGAAGCAUUAUCGCGCAGUGCUCGUUAUACCUGAUAUUUAUCACCGACCAUAUUUAAAAGAAUUAACAACGCUCUUGCUGGAUGAGAUUGGUUUUGGUCGCUGUAUUCUACUGCAAGAUCAUGUAGGUGCAAUGUUUGGAGCAGGAUUGGGUUAUGCAUGUAUCGUAGAUGUUGGAGCUCAGAAAAUAUCGGUAUCAUGCGUGGAAGAUGCGAUUUCUCACAAGGAUACACGUGUGCGUAUGGAUUAUGGUGGUGCAGAUGUCACACAGACUUUCUUCUGGCUUUUGCAAAAAUCUGCAUUUCCGUAUAAAUCGUGUGAUCCUAUUAAUAAAUUAGAUGCGCUGCUCUUAGAUCAGCUGAAGAUAGAUUUUUGUCACGUGGAUUUAAAUGUAUGCGGCUCACAAGAAAAAACCUUUGUCGUCGCAAAGCCCAAACAACAAACGGAAACGUAUACUAUACAAGUGGGCGAUGAAUGUUUAAUAGCACCUUUAAGCUUAUUUCAACCUGAACUAUUCAGAAUUACUGGAACGCAUAAUGUUCACGUUCAAAAGCGAUCAUUAGGAGACCCAGAAGACCCUUAUGAUGAGAACUAUUUAAGAGAAACGAGUAGACGUGGGAUGAAAGAAACUCUGGAUCAUUCGUCAGAGAUACAAGAGGAGACGGCGACUGUACCCGCAGCUGCAGGUGAUGAUGAGGUCGUAGUUGAUGCCGUUGGUGAUUCUGCGCCUAGUUUGUUGAAUCGUGAUUUAGAUGCUCCUCGAGAUUUUGUAGUCCCACAACAAUUAUUAGGUCUUGAUCAAGCCAUAUUACAAAGCAUCGAGCGAUGUUCUAACGAAGAUCUCAAGAGAAAAAUGUACAGCUGUGUGUUAGUCGUUGGAUCGGGUUUGAAGUUUAAAGGUAUCGGUAUGUGGCUUCGCAACCGAAUAUCCCUUCAAAUUCCUUACAUGUAUAGGCCCGAACAACUAGAUAUCAUAACACAACCAAAGGAUAUGGAUCCUGGUAUGACGACAUGGAAAGGUGCAGGAAUUCUAAGUUGUUUAGAAUCUGCCCAGGAAUUAUGGAUUGCUCGAACCGAAUGGCAUCGCUGGGGCGUUAGGAUUUUAAGGGAAAGAUCUCCUUUCUUAUGGUAAAAAAUAUUUAUAUUAUUGUAUAAUUAUGGCUUUAACAAAUAUCAAAUAAA